AUGGAAGAAGAAGAGCUUCCUACCCUAUCCACCCCUCAGAAAAUUUCCGUGGCGAUCAAUCCCAUCGCCCUAGUCACCACAGAAUGCAUUUCUGUCACCUCUGCUAUGCGCAAGAACGCGCGGUGGGCCCAGAGCUCCGUAUCUGUCAUACUGGGAGGCGGGGGCGGUAGUGUUGCCUCUGGGGGAUCUGGGAGUGCGACUGGGAGCGGGUUAAGCACUCCUAUUCCUGGAAGCCCUGUUAGGGGGUUGCAGAGACGGAAAUUGGGCGGUGAGGAGGUGGGGUUGGAUAUGGGGCUAACAAGCAGGUGGGGGUUGAGGGGGAAGAGAGGAAAGAGUAUUCAGGAUAAUCCCCUCAUGGCAGCCUUCGCAAAACUAAGGAGUGAUUUACAGGAUUGUAAAGAUAUUAGGAGAUUCGAUACCCCUUCACUUCUACAUCCUUUUUUACAGGUUAUUCGGUCUUCAUCGACGUCGGGGCCCAUUACCUCACUUGCUCUAAUUGCCGUAACAAAGUUCUUUGCGUAUAGUUUGAUUAACCGCGACUCUCCCCGACUCUCACUAGCAAUGCAGCUCCUAUCCUCAGCAAUCACCCACUGCCGCUUCGAAGCUUCCGAUUCAGCUCAAGAUGAGGUCGUGCUGCUACGGAUUUUGAAACUUAUGGAGAUGAUGAUUUCGGGACCGGGGGGGGAGUUGCUCGGUGAUGAGAGCGUCUGCGAAAUGAUGGAGACUGGACUGAGUAUGUGUUGCCAGAUGCGGUUAUCCGAGAUGCUGAGACGGUCAGCCGAGAUGUCCAUGGUGUUUAUGUGCCAAGUUGUAUUUGAGCGACUUAAACACUUGGAGAUUGAAGCGGAUGUCCUUGGCGGUGACCUUGAGGAGAGCUCGAAAGACGAGAUGGAGAGCGUCGCGGAGGAGGAACAAGAGGUUAAGCCUUACUCUCUACCAUCCAUACGGGAGCUGUUGAGAGUACUGGUGGAGCUACUAGAUCCGCAUAAUAAGACUCACACGGACACUAUGAGGGUAAUGGCAAUGAGAAUAAUUGAUGUUGCGUUUGAGGUUGCUGGGCCUUCUAUUGCUAAGCACCCUAGCCUUGCAAGCCUGGCGAAGGAUGAUCUUUGCAGAUAUCUUUUUCAGCUAGUGAGGUCGGAUACCAUGACUAUACUCCAAGAGUCCUUGAGGGUUACCGGAACCCUAUUGGCUACCACUAGAAGUGUAUUGAAGUUGCAACAAGAGCUCUUUUUGUCAUAUGAAAGACAGAAGCUUGGCAUGGAGGGAGGAUCUAGGAGACCUGACGCUAGGGAGGCUAUGGUCGAGAGCGUGGGGGCUUUGGCCAGGAUACCAAGCUUCAUGGUUGAGCUGUACGUCAACUAUGACUGCGAGGUCGAUAGAAGUGAUCUUUGUGAGGAUGUUAUUUCCUUCCUAUCUAGGAAUGCCUUCCCUGACUCUGCAACUUGGAGCACGACGAAUGUCCCUCCGCUUUGUUUGGACGCCUUGCUCGGUUAUAUUGGUUUCAUCUCAGAACGUCUCAACAAUGAACCAGCAGCAGAGGGAUACCCCGAUCCGGGAAAGCUUCAGAAGCAGCGAGCACGAAAACAGAUCAUCAUCAAUGGAGCUAACAAGUUCAAUGAAGAUCCUAAAAAGGGAAUUCAGUAUCUUGUCGCAGAAAAUAUCAUUGACAGGGCUGACAAUCCUGACUCCAUUGCUCGAUUCCUCAAAGGCACAUCUCGAAUAAACAAGAAGCUGCUCGGGGAGUAUCUUUCCAAGAAGUCUAACAUGAAUAUCCUCACAGUUUUUAUGGAAAUGUUCGACUUUUCCGGUAAACGUGUCGAUGAAGCAUUGAGAGACAUGCUUGAGACAUUCCGUUUACCUGGUGAAUCUGCAUUGAUCGAGCGUAUCGUAACUGUUUUCUCGGAGAAAUACUGCUCUGGUGUCAAGCCGGAUGACGUCGAGGACAAGGAUGCGGUUUUUGUUUUGAGUUACGCUAUUAUUAUGCUCAACACGGAUCAGCAUAACCCUAAUUUAAAGUCCCAAGCACGGAUGAAAUAUGAGGAUUUUGCCCGGAAUCUUAGAGGCGUUAAUGGCGGCAAGAACUUCGAGCCAGCAUACUUGCAAGCAAUUUUCGAUACUAUCAAGAACAAUGAGAUUAUCUUGCCGGAGGAGCACGACAAUAAGCAUGCAUUCGACUAUGCUUGGAGAGAGCUGCUGCUCAAAACGAUGUCGGCAGGAGACUUGGUGAUUUGCGAUACUAAUAUCUACGAUGCAGACAUGUUCGCAGCUACCUGGAAACCCAUAAUCGCAACACUCAGUUAUGUGUUCUUAUCUGCCACUGAUGAUGCCGUGUUCUCAAGAGUCAUUGCUGGAUUUGAUCAGUGCGCUAGAGUCGCUGCGAAAUAUGGGUUGACUGAAGCCCUGGAUCAUAUAGUUCGCUGCUUGAGCACUAUCAGCACCCUUUCGACUGAGACGCCUCCUAGUACCGCACUCAACACUGAAAUUCAAGUCAAUAACAAUAGUGUCAUGGUUUCAGAGUUGGCGGUGAAAUUUGGAAGGGAUUUCAAGGCACAGUUGGCAACGGUUGUUCUGUUUCGUGUCGUUACAAGCAAUGAGAUAGUUUUGAGUGAGGGGUGGAAACAGAUCGUCCGUAUAUGGCUAAAUCUGUUUGUGAACUCCUUGAUUCCACCAUUCUUUUCUCAGUCGGAGAGUGGAUUGGAUAUUUCCUCGAUCCCAUUACAAACGCCUUCUGUCGUCAUAGAAAGAAGUCAGACUUCAAAGGAAGCUGGCCUCUUCUCGGCGCUUUCCUCAUACCUUUCUAGCUACGCAAGUGACGAGCCCCCAGAACCUUCAGACGAGGAACUAGAUAGCACUUUGUGUACUGUGGAUUGCAUCAAUGCGUGCUAUCUUGGGGACAUAUUUGUGAAUAUAAUGCAACUCGAUGCGACAAACUUGGGAUCCCUAGUUACCGCACUUCUCUCACAACUCCCGAAUCUCGAUGAGGAUGAAGAUGAUAGCGCUAAUAUUGUCAUCAUUAAGCCCGAUUACCCAGCGCAGUCCCCCAAUGGAUCUAACCCUGUUAAGAAGGGGCCAAUAUAUGAUCCAGCCGUGGUAUACGUGCUGGAGCUAGCAACCUGCUUGGUGUUGAGGGAUGAGGAGACGGUGGCCGAACAUGGAAAAAUGCUGGCCGAGACAUUGACGAACAUCGUUCGGAACGCAGGGCUCACGCAUCAAAUUGUUCUUUCGAGGGUCAUUUACUACUUGUUUUCCCUCUUGCAAGCCAGCCACAAUAGGUCAUUCCUCAAUGUUCCUGUCCUGCUGCACUCUAUUGCGACUCUGGAUAAAGGUCUGCUGGCUAAAUCAGCUUCACCGGCCGUCAAGGGGCUAUCAAAAUGUGUGAAGAGUGCUUCCUCCUCGCUCAAGACAGAAAUGGUCAAUUCACCAGAUUUCUGGGUUCUUCUAAGAAUACUCCUGCCUAAUGCCGAUGCUUCGGCAGAGGCCUUUAGUGUUAUGGAACUUAUCACCUCGGAGUCACCUUAUGUCACUUCAGAUAAUUAUGUUCCGGUUGUCUCCCUUCUGAACGAUUUUGCGUCUGCGGGCAGUGUUGGAUCUAUUUUCGAACAAAAACAAGACAAAUUACUUAAACGAGGGAAGGCAAAGAAAAUACCUAGUGAUGCCGAAAUCGUGGCACGUGGCGCUAAAGCUGUGCUCAUGGUUUACCAGCUCACCCCUAGGGUUCCGAACUUGAUUAAGCAAUCUCAUCUAGAGAAGAAAGAAGCAUGGACCACCUAUUGGAGUCCGAUACUCGAAUCUCUUAGCACUCAAUGUAUCAAUCCGUGCCGCGAGAUCCGUAAUCAAGCCUUUUCAUCGCUCCAACCUUCUCUACUUUCCCCAGAUCUCACAUCAGAUGACCAUCAUGAGUGGACAGCAAUAUUUGGAGAUGUCUUGUUUCCUCUGAUAAAUAGACUUCUGAAGCCAGAAGUAUUCCAAUCCGACCCUAGGGGAAUGAGUGACACAAGGGUCCAAGCGGCCACACUGCUGUGCAAGGUAUUCUUGCAUUACCUUGUCAUGCUUUCCGAAUGGGAUGGGAUGCUGGAUCUGUGGUUAAAAAUCCUGGAUAUUAUGGACAGGCUUAUGAAUAGUGGACAAGGAGAUCACCUGGAGGAAGCGGUGCCAGAGAGUCUCAAGAAUAUCCUACUUGUCAUGGCCAGUGGAAAAUACCUGGUUCCUCCAGAAGAGGGUGGGAAGAACACGGAACUGUGGAAUCUUACUUGGAAGAGACUAGAAAGGUUUUUACCAGACCUACAUGAAGAGCUCUUCCGCGCACCAUCUCCACUUCCGGAGUUAGGUAGCGCGACGGCGGGAACUGAUGAGAAGAAAGUAGAAGAGGGAAGGGAAGAGGCCAAGCCCCGAUCAUCAGAGGAAGCUAAGACAACUGUUGCGACGGUUGCGACGAUGGCACUAGAGGAUAUAGAUUAGACCACGGCUACGAUAGUCGUGGAGAGGUCUUUUUUUCUUUCUUCUUCUUUAUCAUGUUUGAGAGGUUUGAAUAUGGGUCUCUUAUGAUAGUCUAGUUCUUUUCAUUCUUUCUUGCCCUUUCUUGUAAUAAUAUUAUUAUCAUGGUUA